AUGCAGUUUUCUUCCUUCUUAGCCGUUGUUCUCGCCGCGGCCUCGCCCGCCACCGCACUUGGCAUCAACUGCCGCGGAAGCGUUAGGUGCGGCGGCAACGGCCAGCCCGGCAACAUCCGUGGGGAUGAAGCCGCCUCGCUGGCUAAUUGGAUCCGCGGCAUUGACGAAAACCGCUGGUACAACAAUGGCCAGCAGAUCGCGUGCACCUCCACCAAUAUCUGCGCCUUCCUUCAAAACACUGGAGGCGCCCCCGGACGGAACAUCAAAGGUCUUGCGCACUUUAUCCCCGAGCACAGCUGCAAGGUCUGCGGCAGUGUUCCUUAUUUCUAUCCCGGCAUCAACGAUGUGAGCCAGGGCGAGUUGACCUUCAACUGGGUUACCAACACCUGCGGCAAAGUCGGUCUCUGCUAG